AUGCCGGAGAAAUGGAAAGAAGUCAGCGCCGAGUUUAUGAACAUGUGGAACUUUCCCAACGUGAUUGGUGCAUUGGACGGUAAACAUAUCAUGCUGCAGGCUCCAUUUAAUACAGGAUCGGAUUUUUUCAACUACAAAGAGUUUUUCAGUAUUGUUAUGUUGGCCCUAGUAGAUGCCUCCUACAAUUUUAUGUUUGUCGACGUUGGGACUCAAGACAGAAUUUCCGAUGGUGGUGUUUUUAAUGAUUCAUUACUGAAGGAAAAAAAUGACAACGAAUCAUUGAAUCUCCCACCUCCCAAACAACUGGACGGGACCAACUAUGUUAUUCCAUAUCACUUUGUAGCAGAUACUGCAUUUCCUCUAAGCAACCAUAUCAUGAAGCCUUAUCCAGGCCAACAUCCCAAAGGAUCAACAAAACGUGUAUUUAACUACAGAUUAUCGAGGGCUCGAUGUAUUGUAGAAAACGUUUUCGGUAUUCUGGCCAGUGUAUUUCGAGUUCUGAGAAAACCAAUGCUGCUUCAACCGGAAAAGGCACAAUUGGUAGUGAUGACUGUGUGCCUUCUUCAUAAUUUUUUACGCAAAAGUCAAAAUUCUGUGAAUUUAUAUACCCCACCCGGUACAUUUGAUACUGAGGUGGAUGGGAUAAUAACACCUGGAAGAUGGAGGCGGGAUAAUAGCGAAAUGAAUUCCUUAUUGCCAUUAACAAUCGUUGGUCGAAGAUCACAAUUAACAGCGCAUACUAUGAGAGAUCAAAUUGCUGACUAUUGUGUUAAUGUGGCAACGUUACCGUGGCAAAAUGGGAUGUAG